AUGGUAGUUGAUACCGCUUAUUAUGAUCUCUUAGGUGUUUCUCCCGACUCCAAACCAAUAGAGAUAAAGAAAGCCUAUAGGAAAAAAUCCAUUCAAGAACACCCAGAUAAAAAUCCAAAUGAUCCAACAGCAACUGAACGCUUUCAGGCAAUUUCCCAAGCCUACCAAGUCCUAAGCAAUCCUGAUCUACGUGCAAAGUACGAUAAGUAUGGUAAGGAAGAGGCAGUUCCUCAAGAUGGCUUUGAAGAUGCAGCAGAGCAAUUUUCAAUGAUAUUUGGAGGUGAUGCUUUCUCCUCUUACAUCGGUGAGCUAACCCUCUUGAAGAAUUUGCAGAAAACGGAAGAGCUAAAUGCUGAAGAGGGGAGUGAUAAGCCUGAGGAAAAAGAGAGUAGUAAAUCUGAGGAUGGUGAUGUUAAAAACGAAAAUGUGCAACCAUCCAGUGUAUCUUUCGAAAAUGAGAAAAUAAAAGUCCUCGGUUCAUCUGAAGAUCAACAAUCCACCAAGGCGGACGGCGAAACCAAUAAAACGAAGGAAAAGAAAAAGUCAAAACUUGAAGCUUUUGAGGAAGAGCAAAGGAAGGAGAAGGAAAAAACAAUAGACGAAUUAAGCAAGAUCUUGGCUGAUCGUUUGUCUAUUUUAACUGAAAGUGCAUAUGACAGUGCUUGUAAGGAAUCUUUUUGCAAAAAAUUCGAAGAAGAAGCAAAUAUGCUAAAAAUGGAGUCUUUUGGUCUUGAUAUUCUACACACGAUUGGUGAAGUUUACUGUGAAAAAGGACAGAUCUUUUUAAAAUCGCAGCAGAUUUGGGGGUUUGGUGGGGUUUUCCAUUCUCUCAAAGCGAAGGGAGGAGUUGUGAUGGAUACAUUGAAAACGGUUUCGGCUGCACUAGAUGCGCAAAACACAAUGCAGGAGCUUGAGAAAUUGAAGGCUGUUGCCGAAUCAGAAGAUGUCAUAACAGAUGAGAAGGGUAAUGAGCUAGCCAAACCAACAGUGGAAGAACUUGCGCAGCUUGAACAACUUCUAAUGGGCAAAGUUUUAUCUGCUGCCUGGCAUGGAUCGAAAUUUGAAAUUAUGUCAACUUUGAGGAGUGUUUGCGAUAAGGUGUUGGAGGAUAAAGAAGUUGACAAGAUUACGAGGAUAAGAAGGGCAGAGGCGCUUAUAAUUUUGGGAAGGGUGUUCAAGAAGGCAUUCAGAACCAAAGUGGAGCAAGAAGAAGCUCAAGUUUUUGAAGAGCUUGUCGCUGAAGCCACAAAGAAGAAGAAUAAGCAUAAGUAA